GUCUAGAUUGAAUUAAGCGGGUGUCACAUAAAUAGUUAACAACACCUUUCAAAGGUGUUUUUCAAAACGAAAGUAAAUAAAGGUUCAACUAUUUUUAAGUUUGUGACGAAAGGGUAAAAGACAUUCUCUCCCCAGGAGUGUAAGAAACAACCACAGGGCGUUCAUUUCUCACCAAGCUCCUUUUGGUAUCACCAGCUCUUCCAUUGAAAUCAUGAGAUGAAGUUAUAUAAAUGAUAGUAUCAACAUGUCGAGUAAACCAGGGACACAGUCUAGGGGGAACAACAGGCCAGUUGCCGUGCCUGACAGUCGCACAGAUUGUAAGUUGUUUGUAUGUGCAAUCGACUUUGGAACAACAUAUUCCGGUUACGCGUCUUCCACGAGGCAAGAUGUUGGGGAUAUAUUCUGUCCAAAUUGGAAUUCAGCGAGUACCUGUACCACUCUCAUAUCCCACAAAGCUCCAACUACCGUGCUUUUAGACGCAAAGAAGAAUUUCAUAGCAUUUGGCUUUGAUGCUGAAACAAAGUUUUUGGAAUUUGCAGAAGAAGAAGAGGCUAAUAAUUUAUACUAUUUUCGAAGAUUCAAAAUGAUUCUCUACGAUAAACUGAGAGAUGGAAAAGAAAGACUUUCUACCAAAACAACAGUUGCAGAUAUCUAUGGAAAAGAAUUACCUGCGGUGGAUAUUUUUUCUCAUGCCAUCAAAUAUCUAAAGGAUCAUAUGAUCAAUGAACAUAAAAAUCGGGGCACAACAAUAGUAGACUCAGAUAUAAAUUGGGUGCUGACCGUUCCGGCAAUUUGGGAUGAUCCGGCGAAACAGUUCAUGAGAAAAGCUGCAGAAAAGGCAGGAAUAGACAGCAACCGACUAGUGAUCGCGUUGGAACCGGAGGCGGCGUCCAUCUUCUGCAAGGAGUUACCGGUGGAGAAGUUUGAGGGUGGAUCCGAUAACAUUAACGUGUUUUCUCCUGGACAGAGAUACCUUGUCUUGGAUGCCGGGGGUGGGACUAUUGACAUGACAGUUCACGAGGUGAAAGAUGGAGGGAAACUUCACGAACUGAGUCGAGCCAGUGGGGGAGACUGGGGCGGUGUAUUGGUGGACAAGAACUUCAAACAAAUGCUUAUUGACAUAGUCGGAGAGGAGUUCAUGGAAACAUUUUGCCAUUUUAAUACUGCGGAUUAUAUUGAUUUGUUUAGAGGUUUUGAAAUGAAGAAACGCCAAAAACUAGAUGAAAAAUCACAAACUGGAAAAAUGAAUUUGGCAAUUUCAGCGACUUUUUUGGAGAAAUACGGAGAACAAAUUGGUUUGAAUAUUUCACAAAGAACAAAAGAAACACGUUAUGGAAAAUUACUGAAAUGGGCAGGAGACAAAAUGCGAAUGGAUAAAGUCCUAUUUCAGAGUUUCUUUAAUCCAUCUUGUGAGGAAAUUGUAAGUCAUGUAAAAAAAGUACUCUCUGAACAAAAAGUUAAAGGAACUAAAAUCAUUUUAAUGGUUGGUGGCUUCUCUGAAUCGGUAAUAGUACAAGAUGCUGUCAGAAAAGCCUUCCCAGAAUGCCGAGUGGUUGUUCCGCAUGAAGCAGGACUAGCUGUUCUAAAAGGUGCCGUGUUGUUUGGACAUGACCCAAGCGUUGUUGCUUCUAGAGUUGCAAAAUUCACAUAUGGAAUAGAAUGUUCGGAACUUUUUGAUCCAAAAAAACAUGACUCUAAAAGAAAAACGAAAGAUAAAAAAGAUGGCAAAUUAAGAUGUAAUUGUAUAUUCAGCAAGCACGUUCAGACAGGAGAUAUUCUUUAUCUGAAUGAAGAGCAAGGGAAACAUUCGUAUUAUCCAAUACAUGCCGACCAGAAAGCCAUUUCAUUUCCCGUGUAUACGUCUGAAGCUGCGAAUCCAACGUACACUGAUGAACCCGGUUGUAAGCUUUUGGGAACCUUAAAAAUGGACAUUUCCGACAUUACUGGCGGGUUGGAGCGGGAAUUUGAAGCAAAACUUCAGUUUGGAGGAACAGAGAUCAAUGUUAGUGCUAGAAACGUUCGUACAAACAAAACUGCGCGCGCAGAAUUCAAUUUUCUAAGUGACGAACCUUGAUUUUGAUUUUUUGUCAAUUGCAAAACUUGUUUAAUUUUGACCAUUAUGCAAGAAUGCGAACAGAGUGAACGUGGUUGUGAAAUGCUAACACAUUUUGUUGUUUUUACUCUUUAUUUUUAUUUCAUUCAACAUCGAGAAGGAAUGAUGAAAGAGAAUAAUUAAAGUUUAAAAUGUAUCAAUUAAAAAGCUUAAAUAUGCAUUUUUCCACGUACUUGUUUAUUAAUAAUUAUUUAAAUAAUGGUGUUUUUCUAUUUAGUUAUCUAUUGAAUACUAGAUUUUUUUCCAAUAAAUUAUCGUAUCCACUAUCAAUGAGAGAUU